AUGGGAACACCGGCGGAGGGACCGCCUCCGAUGGAUAAUCAGGGCGCCCAGUCACAGUACACUGCCUACGACCCGCGCAAUGGUGGCCUCUCGAGGCGAGCCACCGACGAGGCCGCAUCCUCGUCCAACAGUCUUGCGCCCUAUGACCGCACCAACUAUCCCCCGCGAUCGUCGACCGACCCUGGGGAGCAAAACCAGGCCGCCCCGAAACCAAAGCGUAGCGGCAAGAUCUGUGGCAAGUGCGGAGAAGGACUGACUGGACAGUUUGUGCGGGCUUUGGGCGAUACGUACCAUCUGGAAUGCUUUACCUGUCACGACUGCGGCAAAAUUGUUGCAUCCAAGUUCUUCCCCGUUCCUGACAAGCCCCCCGGGCAGUACCCCCUCUGCGAGACAGACUAUUUUCGACGGCUCGACCUCCUUUGCUUCGAAUGUGGGCAAGCCCUGCGUGGCUCAUACAUCACAGCGCUCGACCGCAAAUACCACAUUGAGCACUUUACCUGCUCCGUAUGUCCCACAGUGUUCGGCGCAUCCGACAGCUACUACGAGCACGAGGGAAGCGUCUACUGUCACUACCACUACUCCACCAAGUUCGCUCAACGGUGCAACGGCUGUCAGACAUCGAUUUUGAAACAAUUCGUUGAAAUCUUCCGAAAUGGGCAGAAUCAGCAUUGGCAUCCGGAAUGCUAUAUGAUUCACAAAUACUGGAAUGUCAGGCUACAUUCCACAGGCCAACCAGUCAUCGAGCGGUUGCAAGAUGCCGAUGGCGACGCGACCGACGAGGUGCGCGAGAGUGUGCGCCAACAGGAGGAAGAGAUCGAAGCUAAAGUCAAUUGGAUCUGGAAGACCCUGUCGGCUUUCGAGGAAAAGUCCGCGACGUGCAUCUCCGACAUGCUGCUCCAUGUCAGUAACGGAGCUUACGUUGACGGUGUCAUGGCAGCUAAGAAGUUCAUCGUGCACGUCGAACUGCUUUUUGCGGCUGCAGAUGCGCUCGACGCGCAGUUAAUCGUCAGGACGCCCAAGGGACUGACCUACUCCCGCGAAUCGAAGCUACUCUGUAAGAAAGUGGUAGCCUUCUUUGCGCUUCUUACCCAGUCCCAAGGUACCGGCGUUCGACGACUGGGCGUGACCCAAGAACUGUUGUCACUGGUCACUGGUUUGGCCCACUACCUAAAGCUCCUCAUUCGCAUAUGUCUGCAGGGUUCUCUAAAAUUAGAGCGCGAAACCCGGAGCUCGACCGGUUUGACCAACUUCCUUACCCAAGUCAACUCACUCGAUGCACGGUUGGAAGAUGAGGCCCAAAGGGACCAGGCCGCUGAGUCCGCCCGGCUUGUCCCAAGAUGGGCCGACGCAUGUCCCAUUUGCGAUGCACAGGUCGAAGACAAGUGUUUACAUCUAAACAACAUGUCGUACAACUACAGCUGUAUGGUGUGCCGUGGGUGCAAUGCUGACCUGCGCCAUAACACUCAAAAUGCCUAUUGGAGUAAAUCCAAGCGAAGUAUUUUCUGUCCAGCAUGUGCUGCAGCGCAGCCAGACGCUGAGAAUGGUUUCGAGCAAGUCACCAAACUGCGUCAAUAUGUACAUCUACUGAACGUAGCGCAUGCGCGCCUCAUGGCGACUUUGCGAUCCAGUGGCGCACUGCCACACACUUCAGAUGAUCCUAACCUGACAGGCUAUGAUUCCACACAAGGACAUCGCCUUGGGGAUGAUCCACCUCACUUACGACCCGACAAUCGCUCCAAGUCGUAUGGAGGGACAUCAGCGACAGAUAGUCAAAACAGCAACAAUGCCGCGUAUGAGCAAUCCAUGUCUGAUAUCAAGCGCCUAAGAUCAACGCGACUUGACAAGCAUCUUUCCAAUACCAUGAAACGUGCGCGCCAAUCGCGAAUCAUUGACGGUCCGGAGGGUCUCGGUUCUGGUGGAGACGGACAGCUUCCAGGAGGCAUGCAAAUCGUCCAGGAACGCGAAAUUACGAACGAGGCCGACGCUGUAACACUCGCCGUAAACUCUCUUGCCCUGGAUGAUAUCGCACGUAUGGCCGCUUUGGAACAGCAACGAGAGCAGCGUCCGAAUGCAUUCCGUGCCGGCGGAAGCGCACUACUAGGACGGGAUGACCAGCCGAGGCUACAGAACGGCCAUCGUCGUGAUUUCUCUGGGGGUCAGGAACUCCAACAGAUAUCAGAAGGCCGCUCGCGAACCUACUUUUCAGAACUUUCGCCGCUUGAGUACUUCAAGCUGAAGGGUCUUGCGGUGCUUCAGCUUGGACUUUUGCUCGACGACAACCAGUACAACCAAGGCGAUCUUCUAGAUCUCAUCGAAUCGAAGAAAAACAACUUCUGGGGCAAAAUUGGGUUCGGCAAAGCGUUCAAGGCCGACAAAAGCAAACCGAAGAAGGGCGUUACAGGAGUCGAGAAGCCGGUUUCCGACAAAGCAACCUUCAGACAAUCGCUCGAGUACCUCGUCGAAAAAUAUGGCGAUGAGUGCACGGAAGGUGUAGGACCGGGCGCUCUCAAGGUUCCAGCUUUGCUUCAGGAUUGUAUUACCGCGAUGAGAAGUAUGGAUAUGUCCAUUGAGGGUGUGUUCAGGAAGAACGGUAACCUCAAGGCUCUGCGCGAGCUUGAGGAGGAAAUCGAUGCCAAUGGUGUUCAAAAGGUCGACCUCAACACUAAGAACCCAGUCAUUCUCGCCAACCUCUUGAAGCGCUUCCUUCGAUUGAUGCCUGAGCCGGUAUUGACAUUGAAGCUUUACAGGCUGUUCAUGGUAGCUAAUGACAUUGAGGACGAAGCGCAAAGAAAGAAAGUACUGCAUCUAGUGCUUUGCCUACUGCCCAAGGCCCAUCGCGACACCAUGGAGGUUUUGUUCUGCUUCCUGAACUGGGUGUCGUCUUUCCACACCGUAGACGAAGAAACGGGCAACAAGAUGGACACGUGGAAUAUCGCCACUGUGAUGGCUCCGAACAUCCUACGUGAGAGCAAUGACAAAGAAGUAAAGAGCGUGGAUCAGGGUGCUGUCAAGGUCGUGUUCGAUCUCAUCGAGAACAACGAUGAGUUCUCAGAGGUACCCCCCGAAAUCAUGGAACUACUCAGCGACGAAGUGUCCGACAUGAGCGCAAAAGAAAUCAUGCGACAAUGGGAGCAGCGGGGAAAGAAUCCUCUGUCGGCACCUACGCCGUCGCCUAGGGACCAAACUGGCACUGCUUCUAGGAAAGACCAGCGUAAUGCGCCUCAGAUUACGACAGCAGACAACAACCCCUCGGCACAGGCUGGUGAGGCGUCAGUCCGUCAGGUCCCGGGCGCAGGCGCAGGCGCAGGUCAACCAAUGCCUUCCGGCAGCAAUCAGCACAGCCCCACCCCAGGAUAUGACCGGAGUGCACCUAACCCUGCAUUCGCCCAGAACACUCAAGGUUCGCCUGACGGCCAUCGCACUGCAUCUCCUCAUCGGCACAGCUAUCGCUCGCCUGGCUUCCAAAAACACACACAGAUUGGCACCGCGGGCGCUGGAUGA